AUGCAAAUCAAAGAGGAUAUUGGGAUGUUGGGAAGGCUGUUGAGAACCAGUUCUUUUGCUGAUCUUUUGGGGGGUUCACAGAGUGGUAAAGAAGAUGGUAAAGGGGCACAGCAUCCUGUUGAAACUACACCACCUCCUCCUAUUCACAUUCCGGAUGAGUUAAAAUUACUGUUAUAUGGAUGUAAAAAGAUAGACGGAGGGUGGAAGGUGAAUGGCGCUAUGUCUACAUUUCGGCUAGUUGUUGCGCAAGAGUUGGGCCAGAUGAUGAGUCGGGAUAACUACCAGGUGGUGUUGGAUUGUUCUUGUUCACGGAAUGCUACGAUGGGGCCUUUGUCGUGUUCAAACGGGAAUGUAGGCCAAAUACCAUUAUCUGAAUUGAAGGAAUAUAUAUUUGGAUCACCUGUGAGGAUUAGUGAUCGUUGCCAAAGUGAUAAAAUAAAAUUGAUAAAGAGUGCGCGGUUAAUUGUUGUCACGCGGAUAUUUUAUAAUAUUCACAUACCGUCGACGAUAGGCCCCCCACAGAGGAUUGCAAUUUCGUGUUGUAUUCCGGAGUGUUUUUUUACAGUUUUAACUGAGUGCUGGUCACAGGUUAGCAAGUGGUUUGAUGACUGUCAGAAGUUAUUAGCCCCUUUGUUGGAGGCAGAUAUCUUACUUCCUAAGGAGUUGAAGGUGAGCUCACCAACUCAUGCGGAGUCUAUUUUUCACAAGUUUUACAGGAAUUUAAUAAUUCCGUUACACAGUUUGCUUGAAAGCCCUAGGCUCUUCCUUUAUCCUGAGCACUCAAUGGAAUUUACCACAGCUUGGUACAAAGAGGUUUUUAAUUGGUUGGAGGUAAAAGAUGGACACAAACUGAAGUUCCUACCGGCGCUCCUAGCCAAGGUGAAAUACGAUUCUGCGGGUGAGUUGACCCAAAAUAAGGCAUCACGUAUUGUGAUAAUGUCAGGAAAUGUCAUAGUUGCUAAUAAGCUAAUAUUUAUUGUCUCUGCGUUUUUGGGGCCGCGAUAUCAAGGUGAAAUUCAGUUUAUUGAUACCGACUCUGUUACACCUAUUGUGGAACCAAAAGUGGAGCCCACUGAUGUUAAAUAUAUUAGCACUAUCACCAGUAAAGGGUGGGGGAUUCCGCGAAAAAGAUCAACUUCAAGUGUAUUAAGCAAGUCAUCUGAAGAAACUCCCUUUGCACAUGUUUUUUUGCCAUCCUCUUUAAGAAGCACCAACUCUUUGCAGUGUAUAUCAUCAUCUCUUAAUAGUCAGUAUGGCAGCUAUGGCUCAUGGUUCAAAAAGUCGAUGCCUUUAAGCCAUUCACCAAGGGCUAGUGAGUCUCCCGAAAACCCAUUUCUCCACCAGCGAAAUAACAGCAAUUCAUCACUUCAUCAACAGCUUUUAGGCGUAACUAGUGUCUCGGGUGAUAACGGAUCAACAGCUACGGCAUCUACCACACCCACUAUAAACAGAUGGUCUCAAGGUUCCCCCUCUAUUAACGAGUAUGAGGAAUACCCGUGGCUGGGAUACGGCAAUACACUUCCAACAACCACUACAAAAACUAAAAUGCAAAAGGUUAACAUGCCAAGAAACGUCAAUAGGGUCCAUGAUAAAAAGUUAUUACAUGAUAGAUUUAGUAGCAUAUGCGAGCAGUUAGAUGAGCUUGGUUUGAGCACAUCUCCAGCCACGGAGUCACAUGGGCCCGUCCUCGAAGUUCCCAUAAUAGAAGAUCUAAGUUUUCCAAGUCAAGAACUAUUACCAUGUUAUGCAUCUUACAUGCACAACUUUGAUCCAAUUUUCCAACUGCAAGCGUGUCCUAUUUCUUCAAAUACAGAACGUAAGUUGUUAGAAUGUAUGAAGGAUGACUUGAAAACCUCAGAUUAUUCAAGGACGUUGCUAAUUUCCCUACGUUCUCGGGAAAUCGGUGAAAUCACUAUGAGUAAAGAUCGAACUACGAAAGCAUUCAUUCAAAGAACGAAAAAGAUCUUUCAAAAUGGGAAACAGGGUAAUAUAUCGCAAAGGUUGGACGAAGCUAUUCACUUUAUAGACAAUCAUUUAACUGCAUUAUGGAAGAAAUGGGAGGACCCAGUGGAUACAGAUGACAAAAUCAAAUUACUCUAUGAAUCAUUCCGCGAACUAAUCAACUAG